GCCGGAAGUUGUUGGUAUCCAUGAAAUAUUUCAUACGUAGCUAACUAACUGAAUGGAUGAUUUAUCGCCCAUCUAAUUGGGGUGCAUUUAUGAUUAAUGCCUUCCCCAAAAAGUCAUAAAUGAAGAAAUUGGUGCCUCACAAGACCUAAUACUAGUAACGACGUUAUUCCCGCCGGCGGGUUGCCAUGGCUACUAGGAUGAAGUUAAAACUGAAGACUGUGUUUGUCCUCUACUUCAUGGUCUCACUUAUGGGCCUCAUCUACGCUCUCAUGCAGCUUGGCCAGCGCUGUGACUGUGCAGAGCAUGACAUGCCCAAGGACCGUACUAUCUCUCGUCUGCGGGGGGAACUGCAUCGGCUGCAGGAGCAGAUGAGGAAAGCUGAGCCCACCAAACCCCCCCAGAAACUAGCAGUGAAACCGGCCCAACCCACCAUCUACGUCAUCACACCAACCUACACCAGGUUUGUCCAGAAAGCAGAGUUAACCCGGCUUGCCCAGACGUUCCUCCAUGUCCCUCAGCUCCACUGGAUCCUGGUGGAAGAUUCUCCCCAUAAAACCCCUCUGGUCUCAGGGUUCCUGGCCUCCAGCGGCCUGGCCUACACACACCUCCACACGCCCACGCCACGCGACCGCAAACUACAGGAGGGUGACCCUAGCUGGUUGAAGCCCCGCGGGGCGGAGCAGAGGAACGAGGGGCUACGGUGGCUGAGAGAGGACAGGAGGGGGCAGCCUGGAGCAGACACACAGCUGGGGGUGGUCUACUUUGCUGACGACGACAACACAUACAGCCUACAGCUCUUUGAGGAG